AGCAGGCUGAGGGGAGGCCUCAUGGCGGCUGCAGCUCCUCACAGGGAGCGGAGCGGCAGCGCUGAGCUCUCUCUGGCGACCAACAACAGAACCCAAGAGGACGGCAGGAAGCUGCAUCAGAGGAGAGUCGCGUUGGAUGUCGGAAAAAGGUUCUUCACCAGAAGGUGGUCGUGCACAGGAACAGCCUCCCCAGAGCACUGGUCAUGGCAGCGAGCUUGCCAGAGUUCAGCAAGCAUCUGGACAACGCUCUCAGACGUAUGCUCUGAUUUUUGGAUGGUCCUGUGUGGAGCCAGCAGUCAGACUCGCAGAUCCUUACGGGUCCCUUCCAACUCGGGAUGUUCUCUCGUUCCAUGGCUGCAGCUGCCUGCAGCACAGCCCGGGGCAGCCACAAGAUGGCGAUGUGCAGCCGCCGCCCGAGCACAGCCCGCCCGAGCAGAACGCGCUCGCUCCCUCGGCAACCGCCCCGCUCGCUUCCUACCCGCCGGGAGCGGCGGCCAUGAGGGCGGCCAACAGUCAGCAGCCGGCGGGGGUGGCCGAGGAGGCGGACAGCGAUGGCCGCAGCGAGACGGCGGGAGGCGGGCAGCCCCGUGAGCGCCCCAUCCCCUCCUCUCGCCCUGCCCGGCCCACUCCUCCUGGGUCUCCCGUCCCCGCAGCUCGGAAGAACUUUCUGUACGUUGAGCCAUGUAAGAGAGUUAAAGAGAUCCUUGAAGAAGAGCUCUGUUUUUGGAAAGAAGAAUGCCACAUUAGACAUCCAGCUGCAGUGGCUCUGAAAGGAAUUUGGAAUGUGAAAAAGAAUUUCUCCAUCGGAGGCCUGCAACCAGCGUCGCAGAACAGAAAUGGUUUACUUUUACAACCUCAGUUCUACUCAAGGCAUGUAGGAAUGAAAAAGAUACUGGCCUCUAAAAAACUAGCCCCUGCUGCCCAUAAAUGAUUGACUGACACAAAUUAGAUGGCCUAAUCCGUUCCAGGUUCUAAGUGCAGUCACUUCUGGUAUGUACUCAAACUAAAAUUUUUGUCACACCAGAGAAAUACAAUUAAAAAAAUGCCUCAGAGUUCAGAAAUGGCCAUAAUUUUAAAACUCAUAUGCCUGAGACUACUAGUGAAAGCACACAGUCUUUAAAGGUUCUCAUCUCUUUCCUUUCUCAUCAGGAUCGGUGAGAAAAGCACAGAUUUAAAACAAGACAGGUUAUUCAAAUAUAUUUUGGUGCUGAAAUAUAUGGGACUUGUUGGUUUUCGUCUGGGAAUGUAGAUGUUCUUUGUUCCUAAGGGCUGCUUCUAGGAGCUUCUCCUCACUAGCUUUACUGCCUGUUUUGAAGCAGAAUAGGCAGGUAGCAUGAGAGGAAGGACGACAGAAGAGAUACAAACAAGAAAAAAUGAAGCAAUCUGACUUCAGUUCCUAUUCUCAUCAAACCGUUUCCAUUCACUCAAUUUCUUCCAUGUAAGGAGCAGGGGAAAAAAAAGGUGAUAAUAUAUGAUUGAGAGGUGGAGUGUCUAUGAAGUUAGAUAAAGAAGGAAAGAGAUUUCCAAGAGAAGAUGAACUUACUGUGCUCAGCACCUGAAGGAGAGGCGCCAGGCAAAGGCUAAAGGAGGAGCACAAAUGAGGGGAGUGAAAGAAAAGGCAGAGAACAGAAAGUUAGGAAUUCCUGAAGGGAAUUGGAGAGGAAAACACAGUUCAGCAAUGCAGGGAUAGAAAUUAAAAGAAAGAAAUGAAGAAAAAUGAUGUAGGAGAAAUAAGUAGAAGAGAAUAAAGGGAAAGAAAGAAAUAGGCCUAUGUUGCUGAAUUUACUGAAGUAAAUACACUUGUUUUUGCUUCUCCCUUUUACUGGCUUUCCCUAAAUGUGGCCAGCUCUUGGGGGGCUCACUCUGUGAUGUCACAUCUAUCCUUACAAGGGUAUUGUUUUUUCUGAAAACCUGAAUCUGUUUUGAUGCAUCAAAUGAAACUUUAAAAGGGCCAGCUGUGGAAAUUUAGGUCUGUAUUUACAAGGUUUUAAGCAAGUUCUGUUUGGAUAGGGAGCUGUUUUCUCAUUGUAGCUGUUUUAUCCACAUGUUCCUGCUGCUUUUUUAUCUGAUGUUGUAGUACUCAAAUCUGAUCCAUAUUUCAGUCAGUGAUGAAGAUGUUACAAUCAGAAAAAUUACAAAGUGUUUCUGAUGACAAGAAUGUGUUACUAUGAAAUUUGACACUUCUAUAGUUUUCUCUGUUGCAGAGUGAUUCUAAGUUCCAGCAGAAAAUCAUAAUGUAGUUGAAGAGAUGCCUUAACUUUUCUUAAUAUGCAUUAAGCUCAGCAAUUCCUGGGCCAAAAGUUUGUGAUUCAAUAUCAAGCUCAACUUAAUAAAUAGAAGUUUAACUUAAA